CACACGAGAGCGAGCGAGGGAGCCAGCGAGAGAGGGAGGGAGAGAAGGGAAGGAGAGCCGGGAGGGGUGGGGGCGAGAGGUAAAUAGUCUUAAAUCGGAAGGGAGCUGCUUCUCUGUGGUCUUGACAAGCGCUGCCUGGGCUCCGCCGGCUGAGUAAUAACUGAGUGACCUUUUCUUUGCCUGUAUUAUGUCUGGCUGGGAAGGGAUUGCAUUUUGCAGCUGAGAGCCGGGGCUGCCUUCAGCUCGGCUCCUCUCACGCUGCUGGGGUAAGUUGUUUUGAGCCAGGACGGAGAGAGACAGCCUCGGAUGGCAGUUGCCUAAAGGAGGACACCUGUGGCUCGGAUGCGGUCAACACCAUUACUUGGCGGAUCCUUGAGGACCUCAUUAUUUUAAACUUAAAGAAAAAAAGAAAUAGAGAUUCCCUCCGCCGUCUUUUUUUUUUUUUUCAAACAAUGCUUCUUUUUGACCUUUCCCAAGGAGAAGCGCUACAAAGCGGCCACCGUGCUCACUGAACGGCCUCCCCCUGUAUCGUUUAAUUGAGAAGGUAUACAAAUGCUCUCAGUCCAGCCAGACACCAAGCCGAAAGGUUGUGCUGGCUGCAACCGAAAGAUCAAGGACCGGUAUCUUCUAAAGGCACUGGACAAAUACUGGCAUGAAGACUGCCUGAAGUGUGCCUGCUGUGACUGUCGCUUGGGAGAGGUGGGCUCCACCCUGUACACUAAAGCUAAUCUUAUCCUUUGUCGCAGAGACUAUCUGAGGCUCUUUGGUGUAACGGGAAACUGUGCUGCCUGUAGUAAGCUCAUCCCUGCCUUUGAGAUGGUGAUGCGUGCCAAGGACAAUGUUUACCACCUGGACUGUUUUGCAUGUCAGCUUUGUAAUCAGAGAUUUUGUGUCGGAGACAAAUUUUUCCUAAAGAAUAACAUGAUCCUUUGCCAGACGGACUACGAGGAAGGUUUAAUGAAAGAAGGUUAUGCACCCCAGGUCCGCUGAUCUGUCAACAUCACCCCGUUAAGAAUACAAAGCACUACGUUCUUUUAUCUUUUUUGCUUCACAUGUGUAUAAGAAUUGACGCAGGAACCUACUGAAUAGCGUAGAUAUAGGGAAGCAGGAUGGUUACAUGGAAUAAAAGGCGGACUGCAUCUGUAUGUAGUGAAAUUGCCCCAGUUCAGAGUUGAAUGUUUAUUAUUAAAGAAAAGAAGUAAUGUACAUAUUGCUGGAUUUUUUUGCUUGCUAUUUGUUUUUGUGUCACUUGGCAUGAGAUGUUUAUUUUGGACUAUUGUAUAUAAUGUAUUGUAAUAUUUGAAGCACAAAUGUAAUACAGUUUUAUUGUGUUACUAUUUGUGUUCUGUUUGCUUCUUUGUAUUGUUGCAUUUAGUACAAUCAGUGUUUCCACUUAAUGUAUAUUUAUGCUUUCUGUAUCUACCAGCUAUUUUAAAUGAGCUGUAACUUUCUAGUAAAGAACUGAAGAGCAAAUCUCACUAAUGAUACACAGACAGAUAGAGCAAGUCUAUCAACAGUAAAAAAUAAACGAUAAAGACACACACAAAGCAUUUUAGUGACAUCCACUACUUAUUGCCAGUAUGAUUUAGGGUCUUAUCAGUGUUCUUGUUAUCACCCCCUAUUUUCAGGGGGUCAAAAAUCAGCUUUAAAAAAAUGCAUAAAAAUUUCAUCUUAAAGCACUUUCAUUUUAUACCAACAUGAAAAGUGCCAUUUUUAGAAUAACUUUAAAGCUUAGUGGUUAUCCUUUUAAUAUCCUUUUCUUUCCCUACACGGUAACUUUGCUUUGCUUUUUCAGUCACACCCCUUAUGUGAACCAGUGCCUUUGGGUAGCGCAUAAAAUUCUUCCAAAAGGUUACUUUUAAAAAGUGUUACCACAAUUAUGAGAUCAUUUUAAAAUGGUAAAUUAAAUUUCUUAUAUAAAUUUUACCCAGCACUCCCUAAGAGCUAAGGCUUUAAUAACUUUAUGGCUUAAUAAAUGAAUGGCACUGAAAAGAUCUGAGUGUGAAUCUAUUGAAAUCACGGAAAUGCACACUGAAGCCAUGAAGGCAUUUGAACAGUGAAGUUACUUAGGACCAGAGCAACACUUUGCUCGCAGAAUCUUCUAGAAGAAACAAGGGGAUUGAUAAAAAACUGAGAACUGGGGUGAUUAUAUAUUUUUCGGUAUUUCCCUGCUGUUUAUUUUCAUGUUCAAAAGUGAAUGCUUUAAGUUUGAGGUGUUUAACUUUACUCAUUGUUCGAAAUGAUUGCCAACUUAGAACAUCACAGACAGGCUGAAAUCUGCCCUUCCACUUCUUAAAGGUGAAACAUCCCUUUACCUACAUGAUAGCAGAUAAAGAAGAAAGCUCAAGAAACAGAAAUUAUGGAGAAAGAUUAUUUAAAGUACAAUUAAGGAAAUAAAAAUGAGACUAUGAUCCCCUCUUCUGGGUUGCUUACAUUUUACUUCUCUGCUUCUGCUUCCUGUAAUAAAAAUACUUUUCAACUAAGCAACUUCUACAUGGGCACAAUGAACUAUAUUUUUACUAUAGCAAAUAGUGCUAUGGUUUUUCUUUGUCUUUAUUUUUUCUCAAUCAUUUGUAUAGGAAACAGUGUUUUCUGGUGUUAUUUGCAUACAUAGUUUCUCCCGCCAAUACAUGCAUUACAGAAAAUUAAAUGUUAUAUCUGAAUUUUUGGUUUGGGGCCAAAAUAGGAAGCUGACUAUAAUGCUGGUGUGGAUUUGAGCUGUUUUAAAACAAUGCUUUCUUAUGAACUUGCAUGUGAAUCUGGAUAUUGCCUCUUAUUUUCAAGACAAUGGUUCUGUGAAAAGUGAAUGAUAUGUAUUUUUACAAACGCCUCAUGGUCAAGAGUGUUCACAUCUCAUGUCCCCCCAGUUGGAGGUAGAUGGAAGGAAGAAUUUCAGAAACAGCUAUUUGGGGCCCACAGACAGAACUGUCAUUUUAGCCUUGGAGCCUUACAUUUGUUUUCCGAGAAGACUCGUAUAGCCAAAAACAAAGCAAGACAAAAUGAAAAUGGGAAGGGGUGAGAUAAGUGAGAAGUGGUUUUCAUAACGCAGCCCUGCUCGUUCUUAUUAAUAGCUGUUUGAAGUUCAUGUGGAUGUAAAAUUUUAAUUGUCAGUAUCUUUCUCAGAUGAUCUUUUUUUAGAUUUAAAUGGUUUUCAUGUUUAUUGAUGUGUCAAAAUACUUGUGAAUCGGGGAAAAACUUCUCUCAGCUUCUCGAAGCUGCUCAACCGUCCUUGCCACCCAAACAAGAUUUUUUCGCUACUUUUUUCUCUUAAUUAAUACUUCGGGAGUUAACUCUCACGCUUUUUACUACGGACAAAAUUACUCACCUGAAUUAAAGAUUAAGGCCUUAAUCUGUUUAGAUUAUUUUUAAUCUCUAUGGAAUUGUAGAACAAGACGGGAAUAAUUUCAGCCGUAGGCCAUUUCUACAGUUAAUUGUCCAUAAACAGUAGCAUUUUUUACCUACAGUACUAAACUAAUUGUCUUGACUACUCAAAGCCCCUGAAUUGUUAACUUUCCUCUCUGUGUUGCGUAGCCCUGAUGUCAUUUAGCUUGCUAUCGGAUGCUUCUAAUAGGACACCUGUUUUGAUUUCGCAAGCAGUGAAAUCCCUCCCUCCUUAGCAUCUCAUAUAGGCUAAGGGGGAGGACCAGGCACCCCCCACACACACACCAGAGUGCUGAGUUUAAAAGCUGACCUGUGUUUGUAAUUUCGCUUUCAUCUUGCUUAAUAAAUAUCUGCUGAAUUCUUUCACCUUUUUAUAUUUGGAUUUAUGUUUUUAAUAAAAGGGGUAUUAUACUA